AUGUCACGGCGAAGCUAUGAUAGUUUCGCUCACGAGAAACGCCUAUCCAAGUACCGGGUGUCGGACGAUGUCUUAUUUGACUAUGUUCUACGCGUCGCUGUACUGAGCUAUCUCAUGCUCCCAAAGGUCACGGAAUCUCCGAAAGUGCCAUCUUCUAUUGAGCGGGAACAUUCAUCUCGUCUGUCGGCCUUGUCCAAUUUCUCAAUCGGUGACAUGUUCCGGGACGUGAGAGAUGGGUCGAAAAGCGUCAAGUUCCCGGAGAAGAUGCUGAAAGUGCUGGAGCAGAAGUUGCAGGAUAUUGCUAUGGGAAAGAACCCUGCAUAUGCCGACCAACUCGUUCGACGAACGAUGGCCAAAUUCUAUGGGCAAUUCAUGGUCGAGAGCUUCAAACGGCAAAUGAAGGAGAACCGGAAAAUCGAGGAGCUCAUUCUCAUGUUCGCAACACACGCUACUUCUGUCCUUAAGAAGGAACCGACCCUUGCCGGCGAUGGAUGGAAACUCGAGCUCAACAAUCAGAUUGCGCAGUUCAUUAAACUCCUUCGUGAAUGUUUGAGGAAUGUUAACCACGUCUCACCGGAGCUGGUCUCGAGGUUGGAUACGUAUACUGCCAAAUUGGCACCGACACUAGCAUUAGCUCAGGGGAGAGGAGGGUCGGGGUACAGCCAUAGCGAUUCUGGAUACGACUCCGCGUCGACAAGAGAUUCCGUAUCUGUGCCGACACCUCAAAUCAGCGCGAAUAUAGCAGACAUGCACCUGGUUAAGGUGGUUGGAAUGCUAUUCAAGAUCCCAGAUCACGCUAUACAGAACGAGGUGGACCAAAUACGAGGAGGUGUAGUAUCAGAAAAGGCAGCUAUGGCAGACCUUAAAACAUGUCUCAAGAAUAUCAACGCCGGGGCACAUUUCCCAGGUAGACGCGAGGAUUUCGAGACUGAAGCAGCAUGGCAGCACUGGCGAACGCUGGAAACGACACACGUCCAGCAACUCAUGAUGGCCAUGGCUCAGCUCAACCCUGAGCUUGCGAAGUCGACUCCAUCAGACAUCCUUCCAUCCCUCCAAACUUCAAAUCUAGGCCGUCCAGGUUCUUUAUACUCACAACUCGAUUCUCCGUCAGGGACUGCCCGACAUGGCUCAAUUAGUUCUCGCAGGUCCUUCUUCGGCGUCAACGGUGAUCCUAGUGCGUACGAAGAGCCUCCGGAGGGCGACGACAACCUUCCAGUUGGUCAUCACUUCACCUUCAUCCCUCCCAAUCCGAAGAAAUUUUACAAACGCCUCGUCGAGCACUGUCUCAGGGCCGAUCUGGAAGUCAUGCUUUCGCCAGAAGUCGAUGACAACGAUGAAGUGUCGCUCGGUAUUCUAUCGCCUAACCACAUCGAGCUCAUCAACGAAUGCGCGCUGCGGUGGCGUAUAGGGCAUCCAUAUCGUGCUGCAUGUUUCCUGGAUUUGGUCAAGCAGUUCUAUGAGCGAAAUGACGUCCCCAUGGAGUGCGUACCAGAGGCCCUCGCAAGUGUCACCAAGGUCAUCCACGACACCGAGCUGGAAUUGUGGGCGGUACAAGACGUGGACUACCUUGCCAACGUCUACGCGGGGCUGUUCAAUAUAUUCCUCUCGUCACUAUAUCACUCGAUGGAUGCUCUACCGAACCUCAAGCCGUCCGAUAUCCAGCAGUACCUAUCAAUUCUCGACCACGUCCGGGACUCGGGCUUACUAGUUCGUUUUGACAUCGACGUCGAUGCCCGAAUGCACGAUGUUCAAGACAGGAUACGCCAAGUGGCUGCACAUUGGUUUGAAGCAACACUGCAGGAGAAACAAAGCGCUCCUGGAGUCAACAGGGCUUUACCACUCCUACUUAUGACUGACGAGAUUGAGAAGUCUGCCAAGGCCCUCGAUAAACGGUUCCCUCAACCUCUGCUUGGGAGGUUGGAUAUUGUAUCUCUGUUCCUUGAGGUGGCCAUACCUCGCUUGAUUGGCGAAUUACAAAACUCGCAAAAGCGUUUAUUCGAGUCUUCAAUGAAUGGUCCAACACCAGACGUGCCUAUUCAAGACAUCUUCGCUCUGUACAGGCGGUCAAGGAUGUUGCUCGGAAUGUAUCGUGCCUUCGUGCCAGACGGAACUUUCGACUUCCAGAUCACCAUCUUUUUUGAGCCCUAUGUCCGACAAUGGCUACUCAAUACGGAUAAUAAAACCCAACAAUGGGUUGAAGCUGCCAUCGCUGCAGACAAGUUUGAAUCAGAAGGAGCAGAGGGACACAGCACCUCUAUCGUGGACCUUUUCGACUCCUUGCGAAGCCCCAUUAACUUCUUGGAAGAACUGGAAUGGGAAGACGAGUAUCAAGAAGGCAGAUUCGCCACGAGCCUUUCCAAGACGAUAUCUAAAGCUGUCGAUCAAUAUUGCCGCAACAUUGAGGCUCUCUUCCUGACCGAAAUGUUCCCUCGCCCAACCGAUUACCUCCAGCCACAGAAGUCUUCUGCCUGGCUAGAGAAAGCUCGUCAACUCACCAUCACAGGCGAGAAACGCGUCGAACCAUUUAAUUUCCGCUCUGAGUCCUGCGUCAAGCUCAACAACGUCGAGGCCGCGCGCAAACUGCUCGAUAAUAUGUAUAAUCAGAUGCAAGUUGAUAAGGUCGCCGACACCUUGAGCAGACUGGCUCCGCCAGUACCGGAAAAGCAGGAACGCGACAGGUUCUUGUUUUCUGUAAAGAUCCUCACUGCUGAGAGCCUCGUGCCUCUGGACAGCUCGCCAAACUCGAAGCUAGAUACUUUCGUGACGCUUAGUGAUGAGGCUGGUACGAGGUUAGCGAAAACGAGGACAAUUUAUGAAACUCUGAAUCCUCGGUGGGAUGAGACCUUCGACCUGUCGGUGGAGAAGCCGCUAUGGUUGAUGGUCUCUGUACGGGAUCGGGCGCUAGUAGGAAAGCAUGAUAUCGUCGGACGGGCCUAUCUGUGUUUAGAUCCAAGACGAUUCAGCGAUUGUCUAGCGCAUGAGCUGGCGAUGGAUCUUGACACACAAGGCCGGAUAAUCGUGCGAGUGAGCAUGGAGGGUGAGAAGGAUGAUAUCCGAUUCCACUUUGGAAGAGCGUUCAGGAGCUUGAAGAGGGCGGAGGGUGACAUGUUAAGAAUCUUCAUCGACAAGAUGUCUCCUUUCAUCCAACAAUGCCUCUCAAGAAAUGUCGUGAAAACCCUCAUGAAGUCGCGAGAUCAAGGGCUGGACUACAACAAGGCACUCGGCAACGUCACCGCUUUGUAUCGGUCAGCUCUGGGAUCAUCAUCCUCAGAACCUCAAAUUCCUUUGCCAGCGACCGAGAAACCGCGGGUGCGUCCUGAAGAGCUGACGGAUGUGGAGAUCGAGCAAGCCAUUGUACCGCUAUUCGACUACUUCGACGCGAAUCUGCAGACGCUGAAUACCUACCUGAGCGACACGGCGAAGGAGAUGGUGAUGACGCGGUUGUGGAAGGAAAUCCUGUCUGUGCUUGAGGGCCUGUUGAUCCCCCCACUGAGUGACAUCUCGAGCGAUAUGAAGCCUUUGAGCGAUAAGGAGGUUGACAUCGUCUUUAAGUGGUUGAAGUUCCUCAAAGAUUACUUCUACGCUAGUGGGGAAGGCCCGGUACCACUGGAGGUGCUGCAGAACCAGAAGUAUAGAGAUGUGCUUUCUAUACGUCUUUAUUACGACUGGCAUACCGACGCUCUUAUGGAGGAGUGUGUUCGGAUGAUGCAACAAAGUCUCCAAUCCGCCCCAUCAAUAAAGAAACGUACGAAGAGUGUUUACCAACAACGCAACCUCGGUACGAUCAAGGAGCGCAAAAAGGAGAAGCGGCAGGAGACAGAGUCGACGAGCGAGCAGACCAUCAUGCGGAUACUGAGGAUGAGGCCAAGAACGCAGGAAUUCAUUGCCCAACAACUACAGAUCAUGCAGGCUAUGCAGGCUGAGCAGGAGAAACGAGCGAAGGAGGCAGAGGAGAGGAAGAUGAAGCGACAACAGCACGCACGAGAGCAGAUCCCUUCUGUGCCGCCCCUGCCACCACUGCCCGGUCAGUGA